CGUCACACCUUUUCCCUAACAUUCUUGGUCAUUAUUGUCAAUUUGGACGUGUGUUUUUUUCGUUUGUUCUUCCAUCAGCUUAUGUAAAAACGAACCCGGGUCUGUGUGUCUCAAUUUGUAGAUAUUUUAUUCGGAGAGCAGCGCACGGACUAGGAAGGCAGGUUCAAUCAGCAAAAUGUUGGCCGUUCGUCCGCUGUUGACGAAGGCACUGUUGCUACCAUCAACCAACGGUGCCGCACAAGUUUUACGAUCAAAGGCCACCUUGCCGGUGGUUGAGAAAGACAAACCGGAAAAGCUUCCGUACUCCCCGUUCGGUACGAAGCAAUCGAACUGGGCCGACUGGACAGUGGCUCGGCUGGAUGAUGUACUGAACUGGGGUCGCAAAGGUUCGAUCUGGCCGCUAACGUUCGGGCUGGCGUGCUGUGCCGUGGAGAUGAUGCACAUUGCCGCCCCACGCUACGACAUGGAUCGAUUCGGUGUCGUAUUUCGUGCCUCACCGCGCCAGGCGGAUGUGAUCAUCGUGGCAGGUACGCUGACCAACAAGAUGGCACCAGCCCUGCGCAAGGUGUACGACCAAAUGCCGGAACCGCGCUGGGUCAUCUCGAUGGGUAGCUGCGCAAACGGUGGCGGCUAUUACCAUUACUCGUACUCGGUGGUGCGCGGUUGCGACCGGAUUAUUCCGGUCGACAUUUACGUGCCCGGAUGCCCACCGACUGCUGAAGCCCUGUUGUACGGCGUGCUGCAGCUACAGAAGAAGGUCAAGCGUAUGAAGACGCUGCAGAUGUGGUAUCGCAAAUAAGUAAUUUCCGUUCUUUCAUUUCUCUGUUAUUUUGGCCUAUCAAGCAAAAUAAAAUUGUAGACCGUAUGUACCGUUGAUUGCAA